AUGGAUUUACCAGCACUCCCGCAGCGGAUGUAUACAUUAGGGGAAGAGCCCCCUACACUGAAGAGCAUUUCUUAUCACACUGAUGACUCGAAGCUAUUUACUGCACUAAGGCGAGCUCUAAACGCUGACAAAUCUGAGGAGCUGAAGGAGUCGAAGUUGGGAGUGUUCAUCAAUUUCCAGCUUAACAUCAAGAAGAAGUUUGAGCUCUGGAGUCUCGUUGGUCCACAACCGGUGAGGUUUUCACUGUUGGAGUUUGAACACCUCACUGGUCUGAACUGCGAUUACAUCGAGGACAUAGAAAAUCCAAGGGUUGAGGUUACGAAGGAGAUGGCUGCUUUCUGGGAGAUGAUGGGUGUUGAUGUCGAUGCUGGGCCAACUACUGAGCAUAUAAAAGCAUCAUUUGGGAGAUGCGAGGAGUGGUCUCGGGAAGAUCGCAUGCGGCUCGGUUACCUUGCCAUCUUCACUGGAUUCAUUGAAGGGAGAAAGUACUUAACCGCUAUACGGGCUAGUCUUGCAAGGCCAGUGAUGGAUUUAGAAAGAUUUGAGAAUUAUCCUUGGGGGAGAGUGGCGUUUAAGGUGCUGAUGGAGUCUGUGAAGGGUGUGUGGGCGUACUUUGCUCUGCCAGAAUUUGGUGCUAAUUUUGGGCAUCCCUUACCAGACAGACCAUCUCCGCUGUUGCUGGCUUACAAUGGUGGGAAAGAACACAAAUUUUUUAAAGAGGUCAUUAGCAAACAGAGUAGCGUGAUCAACUUCGUCCACAAGGACUAUGCUGAGAUGUUUCCACGAUGGGACUUUGAUGUGGAGGACCCGGCCGCGGAGAACAUAAUUAAAGUCACGUUUAAUGCGAAAGCUAAUUGGAAGUAG